GCACAUGAGGGACGAAACACAACCGAAGUAUCGAACCUUUCAGCUCUUCUCUUCUGAUUCGUCAUUACUGAUGACUGAUAUUGAACAUAUGAUCGUUUCUUCUGGAUUAAUGCAAGAACUCUUGAAUUUAUUGAGAAGGAUGAACAGUUUGGGAGAUACAGUACCGAACGCUUCUCAGCGGACAUCUAAUAAAUGUACUGGACAUUGAAGAUGGGGCCUGAGUCAUAUCUAGAGACCAGAACAGCAUAGAGACUUGAGAAUUAACACUUUUUACUUGGGAGGUGUGAUGAAGAGUGAGUAAUGAACUGCCUGUGAGGAAUGUCCUUCUGUCUGCUACUGGCUCUCCUCACACUGACCACACACACACAGGUGACCUCUGGAAAAUCUCUGAAACUACUUCAGGAACAAUGGAGAAGAUACACCAAUGACUGCAUUCAGAGCUUCAUCAGCACACCACCAGCAUCAGGCUUGGUGUGCAAUAGGACAUUUGAUCAGUAUGUGUGCUGGACUGAUGGGUCCCCAGGCACCACAGUUAAUGUGUCCUGCCCAUGGUAUCUGCCCUGGUACCAGAAAGUUCAGCAGGGGUUGGUUUACCGUGUUUGUGGUGCUGAUGGUAAAUGGGCUCACAGUAAAAACACAAGCGAGUGUGAACAGGACGAGCCCGGACAGAGGCAGUAUGGUCAGAUCCUUAAUAAAUUCAGAUCCAUGUACACCGUUGGGUACUCCCUCUCUCUUGGAGCACUAAUUCUUGCACUGGGCAUUCUGGUGACAUUCCGGAAGUUGCAUUGCAUGAGGAACAACAUCCACAUGAAUCUGUUUGGCUCCUUCAUCCUGAGAGCUCUCUUCAUCCUCAUCAAAGACGCAUUGCUGGAUAAAAUGAACAGUGCUCAAACUGGACCACAUCACUUUCAGGGUCAGCACUGGGUAAAUGUACAGACAGUCGCUGGAUGUCGUGCCGUCAUGGUGAUGAUGCAAUACAGCGUUAUGGCCAACAACUAUUGGCUGCUGGUGGAGGGCUUGUAUCUGCACAGUCUCCUGGUGACCACCGUCUUCUCCGAGAGGAAUUACUUCUACAUAUACCUGUUCAUCGGUUGGGGUGCACCGCUGAUAUUUGUGCUGCCAUGGGUUACAGUCAAAUACCUGUAUGAAAAUCAAGAAUGCUGGGAAAGGAAUAUCAACAUGGGCUACUGGUGGAUAAUCCGUUCCCCAAUUCUAUUUGCAUAUCUGAUUAAUUUCUUUAUAUUCAUUCGCAUAAUAAAGAUUCUGAUGUCCAAACUAAGGGCCCAUCAGAUGAGAUACACUGACUAUAAAUUCAGGCUGGCUAAGUCGACUCUCACUUUGAUCCCGUUGUUGGGAAUUCACGCCAUCCUCUUCACCUUUGUCAUCGAUGAGUACGUGCCUAAACAAUCUCUUCUGAGACUCAUCCGCCUCUUCUAUGACCUCCUCUUCAGCUCCUUUCAGGGUCUGCUUGUUGCCAUUCUGUACUGCUUUGUGAACAAAGAGGUCCAGAGUGAGAUGUUGAAGAAGUGGAAGAGGUGGAAACUUGGGAAGGACAUUGACGAGGAAUACCGUCACACCUACAGCCAGACAGCCCAUGCCAAGAGUGGUAGUAUCGCACUGGCAAUGACACACGAAUGCCCUGACACCCCCGAACCACCAGACUCAGCCCCGCCCUCGGCAGAAUCUCACUGUCUGGUGAGUGGCUUUCAGAAUGGCAUGAGCCAAAACAGGGGCAGAGUGAGGCUGCAGUUGACCUCCGAGCCACAAGAGGGCGCUAGUAACUGCAGCUCCCUGACAAAAGACAUUUGUUUAGAGGAGCGGCCGCUCAACAGCAUGGGCCCAGCAGUGGUAGCAGAAACCAACGUUUGAGAGACCUCCUGCUGUAGCUGAUGCACUUACAGGCGUCCGAAAGUGUCUUGAAGAUUAACGACGACAGAUAUUCUGCUAUUAUGUUUAAUAGAUCAAAGGUGUAGAUUUGAUGGCAUUAAAAUACCAACGGAUGGACCAGUGGAGAUAACGUUACUUUCCAAAUUCGGUCAUCUCAUUGCCAAAAACGGCCUCAAUUAUGACAACGCAGGGAGAAACACUGCACUGUGGAACUAGGAACCUUUAAAACCUGAAUCACACUCUACGCAAGUAUGUGAAUGCAGCUACGCCAGCAUGAUUUCAUGCAUUGUUGCAUUACAAAAUGUGUUCGACUGCCAUUCACAACACAAUGCAAAUACGUGUUGCAUUUUCAGUGUUGCCAUAAGGGGUGCUACAGCAGACAUUAGUGUGAACUGUCCGCUUCUACUCAACUUUAUGAAGUCAGCUACUGUCAUGGCGGAGCAACAUUUUGAAGAGAAUGUUGCUGAGCAAGUAAGUUAAAAUCAAUACAUUUAUAGUUUAAUGGCACAGAUUUUUGAAGGUACUGUAACCCUAUCACCCCCCUUGAGUACCUUGAGUUUGUUACUGUCAAAAUAAUCGCAAGAACGCACUUUUAGGAUGUUCAACCAGACCGCAUGUCGACCAAGUGCUCCCGUAUGAUUUUGCAUAAUUGCGUAAAGUAUGUUUCUGGCUUUAAAGACAUUAAAGUCUCCUGAGUUGGUAAAUACCCAAUAGUAUUAUUGAUUAUUGGUGAGGUUUGUUCUAAACCCCCAACCCUAAGUAUUAAACUUCAGACUACAGAUGAGAAUUAUACCUCAAUUCAUGUGGCUUAUUGAGGAUAGAUGUGCUAUUACUGCUUGAAGCAUCCAGACUUAUGAUUUUCACCUGUUGGACGAUUAAAUGAGUAAAACAAAGCAUAGACUUGCGUUGAAGGAGGGAUCUGAGCCAUAUCUAGGGACCAGAAUAGAGGCAAUGUUUUUGCAAAAUGAUGAGGUUUCUAAGGUUAAUGCUCUAUUGAGUUUUAAAUCAACAAAACCGACCACUCUACCCUAAACCUUGAACUUAAACCUAACCAAUAGUGUUGAGAGGGAAAUCUGAGAUGCAAAACACAAUCGCCGAAGAAACCUCAUUUUGGUCGUGGUGCUUCUAUGACACUUUUGGCUCACGUGUCGACUCGCUUGCUCUGCAGAACUCAUACCGCAGUCCUUUGCAUUGCAAGUGCAAUGCUUGAUCAGUUGAGCUACCGCACAGUUUGAUCACACUGGAACAAGCUUAUAAAUGUAGUUGGUUAUGCAAUGCAAACGUUAAAAUGUAUCGCCUUACAAGUCAUGCUGUAUAGUAAAAGUGUUUAGAUGUCAUAAGAUAGCAUUGUGUGAGGAACAGGUUGAAAAGUAAGUAAUUUAAAUCUGACAUGCUCUCUUGGAAAGUAAUCUAACAUGCUGUCUUGGAAAAAAUGAAAGUCAGGAGAAUCUUUACAAUUUAUGUUUUGUAUUUGAGCCAACAGUUCUUCUUGGGGAAAUGCCAAUGGAAUCACUUUGCUAUUUCAAGAGUUUAAGCAAGAGUCUUUAAGAAAAGCUCACCAAAACAAACGCUGACAGACAUAUAAAAGAGGAGGAAUGACCUCUGAGCCAUCUGACUGAAUAUCCAUUCACGAAUCACUCGACCGCAUAAACUCUCCAAAACUCAUCAAAUGCAGUUGAGCUUGACAUUUCAUAUGGGAUACUCAAUUUGUUCCAACCAUUUGUUGUCAUUCCAACCUAAACACUAUGACAAUUAAUGGGGAAGAAAACAGAACUCAACAGAGAGCUCUUGGGAAUGUUCCUUAUGGUACCCUUGUGAGACAAAGAGGCUUCUGGGAUUGUAAAACACCUCAGCAUUCAGAAUGACUGUCAGAACCAUUAUUUAUAGAUGAUAACAUGCCUAACCAUUCCAUAUUUGGGUGAAAAAGGGUGUUUGACCCUUUCUUUUGUUUCUAUUUUUUUCAUAAGUCAAACCGAAGCUGAAAAAAAUGACUGUCCUUGUUCAUGAUGCAGUAACUGCAAUCUGUUAAAAGUGUUGCUAGCCAUUUGCAAUUUUUAUACUUAGAAUGUGAAAAGAAAUGUUAAAGGUAAGUGUGUAAUUUUAUAAGGGGUCCAAGCACCAAAGGUUAAGAAACAAAGGUAUUUAUACUGAUUUCUUCUUCUUCUGCCCUAAAUGUGUCUGGUCAGCAAAAACAUAAUUCCUAGAGACACUAGAUUUGGCAGGAUACAAAAAAAUGUAUUGGCUUAUAUCAUAUAAAUGAUUUGAAGAACCACAAUGAUUUUGCAUUUUGGACCAUCAAAAAAUGGAGGACAUUCACUUGCAUUGUUUAGAGGAGGAGGCCUGAAAUGAAAUCCUAAAAGUCUUAAAUUCUGUUUUGAUGAAGAAAGGAUCUCAGAUACAUCUUGGAUGGCCUGAGAAUGAGUAAAUUAUCAGCAAAUUUUCAUUUUUGGGUGAACUAUUCCUUUAAGGUUCAGUUAUGUUACAUAUGUGUGUAAAUCAUUUGCUAAAUUGCCUGUGAGGACAAAAAGAGUAAAUAAAAACAAAAAAAUAAAAAUAAAAUAAAGCAAAAAGACAGCAGUAUUUAUUAAUAAUAAUAAUAAUAAUAAUAAAAUCAUAAAGAAAUAUUGUACAAAUCAAACUUCCAGACUCUGGUGUUUCGUCUAUUGUAGAUCUGUUUGAUUUAUCAUGAUGAAUGUUUCAUAUGGGGCUCUCUUGGCUGUGAAUUUCUGCUCCAUAAAUUACUGACCACUAACAGGCAUACAAGACACCUGUAAGCGUGAAUCAAGUCUACAAGAAUCAUGUUUACAAACAUCCCUUUCAUUCUUAUGUUUACUUUCAUUAUAUAAUAAAAUUAUGAAUUCUACAGAAUUGCACAAAUCUUCUAAAAAUGAAUAGACUCAUAAAAUGUCUCAGUGGAUUUCUAUAACCUUAUUACUAUAUAUUCAGUAUUGUGUAUAUUGUAUAUACAUACUGUAUAUAGGUGUACAAUAUGAUCUAAUAAGGAUUCUUUGUCAUUUUUGUAUGUGUAGUGUAGUUCUAGCACACAUACAUUUUUAUGCUUAGGUACAUUGAUACAAUAUCAACGUAUUGAGAUUAAAAAGCUUGUCCAAUGCCAACAUGUUACAUAUCAGCGUCUGUAGUGUAAAUAUUACUGUGAUGAGGAGGAGGGUGUGGCCGGUCCGUUAGGAGGCAUGCAAUUGUCCUAAUCAGCCGGGAGGGGGAUAAAGAUGAGCCAGAGGUACCAGUCUGAGGGAGAGAGAGACACAUGCGGCCUCUUUGUGUGUGUCUGUGUGUUUGUUUAAGUUGAUUUAUGUCAUUAAAGUUACGUUGACUGUUCUGCCGGUUCCCGCCUCCUCCUAGCCCAUCCUGAACCCUGUUACAAUGACAUAUAGUGCCAUCACAAUAUACUGUGAUAUAUGUGUAUAAUAAUCAGCUUUAAUACAAAUACAUUAUAUGCAAGGGGAUCAUUCAGUUCUUGCUCAGUGACUUUUGUAUAAUACAUAUUAAAUGUUAACUGUCUAACUCCCAUUCAGAAAUAUGACAAUGUAUAUGGCCAUACACAUAUAUAAAAGUAUAGUUCAUAUAUUUGGGCAUAUAUGUACAUAUUCAAAUUCCACUAUGAUUUCAGAAAAUAUGUGUUACAUAUGCUGUGUGUAAAUGGAUGUUUUUUUAAGUAUUUUGAAAUGUAUGUUGCAUGUAUGUACAAGUAUGUGACUUUUUAUAUGAGUGAAAUCCAUAAUUUAACAUACACAUUAUAUAUGUGUUUUACAUAUAUUGCCAUAUACCAGAUUUCUGCGCACACACACACACACAUACAUAUUUUAUUUUGCAAGUUUUUGCACACAGUUUUCUUAGUAAAUUUGAAAGGUAUAACAUUAAGUAAAAUCUAUUUAACUUCAUGACAUAAUAUUGAUUAAAGUGAGUGAGUAUAUUUAACCUAAACAUUUCAGUUAAUAUAGCAAAUUAAAUAAAUUAAGUAAAAUGUAAAAAAGCUUAAUGCAUGCUAUGUAGUCUAUUAGACAACAUCUCCUUGCAUUACUGGCAAUAGAAACAACAUACAGAGAUGUGCACACAGAUCUCAACACUUGGUACGCAAAAUGCGAUAACAAACAAAAAAAAAUAAUUAAAAAAAAAAGUAAAAUUUUAUCAUGAAUGUGUCAUUUUGAGUGGAAAGUGAAUUUCAGACUUCAUAAAACAAAAAGUUGCCAAACGCAACAACAACAUCAACAAAGAAUGUGGUGCAAAUAAAAUUACAAACUGAAACCAUGCAAGUUUCUACAUUUUUUAAGCCCGGUGCAUGCUGGGAACACCAGCUUUGAA